GUUGGUUCACCCUCUCUCUCUCUCUCUCACACACACACACACAUCCUGAUCAUUCCGCUGAAGAAAGCAGCGCUAAUCACGAAGGAGCGAGUCCCGGAGGAACGACUGAAUCUACCGAGCGAUGGAGUUUCUGAAAGAAGAGAAAGAAGACGCGAUCGAUGCAGAAACACACGACGAGCAGAGAGGCCUGAUGGACGUGGAAGAUGAAAGUGAAGGAGAGAGUGAAGUCGAGCAAGAAAGUGACACUGAAGAGGAAAGUGACGAGCUGCAUGAAAAAUCUUCUAAAAAGAAGGUGUCACAAAAAAGAACUAAGAGGAAUGGAGCUAGAAAGCUGUGCACCUGCCAUCAGUGUGGAAAGAGUUUCACAUGUAAGGGAAGCCUGAAGGAUCACAUGAGGAUUCACACUGGAGAGAGACCUUUCACGUGCAAGUACUGUGGAAUGGGCUUUAAACAAAGAGCAAGCCUUACAGAACACAUAAGAAUCCACACUGGAGAGAAGCCGUUCAAGUGCACUCAGUGUGAGAGGAGUUUUCGUCAAAGUGGAAGUCUUACAGGGCACUUGAGAUUGCACGCUCAAGAGAAGCCUUUUACAUGCCAGCAGUGCGGGAAAACUUUUGCAGUCAGAGGAAACUUAAAGAUUCACUUAACAACUCACUCUGAUCAGAAGCCGUUCAUCUGUCCUCAGUGUGGGAAAGGCUUUAAAUAUGCAGCACACCUGAAAUCACACGAGACUUCACACAGUCAAGUGAAGCCGUAUCACUGCCCUCCAUGCGGGAGGAGUUACAAUACAAUGACCGAACUUAGAAGACAUCUAAAAUCCUUCAUACAUAAUAAAUACCUGCCAUUAGCGAAAUUCAUGCCCCAGAGUGGCUCCCAGGGGCAGAUCGGCUAACUU